GGAUCCGGAAAAUAAAUAAAAACAGUAUAUUGUGGCCGUCGUCUCUUCACCGGUAACCAUCACUCCACUCCCUUCUUCGUCUUCCCCCAAUUAAUUCUUGCUGCUCAAACGACACCCUGUUUCUUCAAUCCUACGUCGAUCACCCACGCAGAUCCUCCUAAGUUUAUCUCACCCACAAAUCAAAUUUUGUGUCAAGGGGCCGGAGAUGGGAGGUGUGACGUCAUCAAUGGCGGCCAAGUUGGCGUUUUUCCCACCAAAUCCACCGUUUUACAAGCUAGUUACCGAGAAAUCAAGUGGGUUGUUGCUCUUGGACAGGUUUCCUCACCGUGAAAAUGUCGAUGUUCUCAAGUUACCCACUCGUCGAGGGAAUAAGAUCGUUGCGGUGUACGUUAGGUAUCCGAUGGCUACUCGCACAAUACUUUAUUCGCAUGGGAAUGCUGCUGAUAUUGGUCAGAUGUAUGAACUCUUCAUUGAUUUGAGCAUCCAUCUGAAAGUUAAUCUCAUGGGGUAUGACUACUCUGGAUAUGGGCAGUCAUCUGGAAAGCCAAGUGAGCACAACACUUAUGCCGAUAUUGAAGCUGCAUACAAGUGUUUGGAAGAGAGCUACAAUACAAAGCAAGAAGAUAUAAUUCUUUAUGGCCAAUCUGUCGGGAGUGGCCCCACUGUGAAUCUUGCUGCUCGUUUACCUCGAUUAAGAGCUGUUGUUUUGCAUAGUCCUAUAUUAUCGGGCUUGAGAGUCAUGUACCCUGUUAAGCACACAUACUGGUUUGACAUCUAUAAGAACAUUGACAAAAUUCAAUUUGUGAAGUGCCCUGUUCUCGUCAUCCAUGGAACUUCCGAUGAGGUGGUCGAUUGUUCUCAUGGGAAACAACUCUGGGAACUAUGCCAAGAGAAAUACGAACCAUUAUGGAUCAAAGGGGGAAAACACUGUAACCUGGAGCUGUAUCCAGAAUACAUUAAACACCUGAAGAAAUUCAUUUCCACCAUCGAAAAGCCACCUUCAUUACGGAGGGGCAGCAAUUCAAGGAAAAGCGUGGACCAAUCCUCCACCACCGGCAACCACCACCAUCAUUCUAGUAGGAGGAAGAGCACAGAUUGUUUCGAAGCUCCGAGGAAAAGCACAAGCAGGAAAGAAAACUUGAACGACCUUAAUGAACUGCAUGCUUUCAAGUUUGAUCAGAAAGAUGACAAAAUAGGAAAGCUAAGAAUACCUUAUGAGCAUAUGGAGAGGUCUCGGAGGAGCGUGGAGUACCAUGAAAAACCCCGAAUAAGCACCGAUACAAUGGCUGAACGGCCUCGUAGGAGUGUGGAUUGUAUCGAUAGAAGUCGUAACUAGUUAUUACAAAGAUUGUAAAAUUUACAGAAAGUGUAGAGGGUGGUGGUGGUGGGGGUCUAAUUUGUGUAUUUUUGUUUGUUGAAAAGUCCAAAUUGUUGUACUAUUUCAAGUCGGAUCUUGAUCAAAAUCUGAAAUGUAAUCAACUUUGUGGGAUCUUUACAAACUCAAACCCAUAACCAAAUGAUCUCUUAGUUUGUAGGUAUU